ACAUUGCAACACAAAAGCCGAGAGGGGAGGAGCGAGCUUUCCUCCUGCUGCCCGGGCUGAGCAAAAAAAAAGGGCGCUUUGGCACCCAGCAACCGUCCGUCGGGUCGUCAGAAAGCAGACCGGUGCAAGGAGCAGAAGCAGCCUCGGCUUGGGUCUUUGGUGAAAACUGGUCAGGAUGGGAAACUUCCAUGAAUUACUGGAUCAUGAAGUCACUCUGGCAUUUAUGAGAUAUGGAACCAUUGUUGUAUUGAAAAUGAUGCUCAUGAGCACCAUCACAGCUUUCUUCCGAAUGAAGAAAAAGGUGAGAGACGAAAGUUGGAGUUAUGAAAAAAAACAGUGUGUGGAUUCUUUCCCCAGAAUCCACCUCAACGACCUGGAGAACAUUAUUCCAUUUCUGUUUGCUGGGUUCUUCUACUCUUUUAGUGGCGUGUCGCUCUCUACCGCUUUGCUGCACUACCGAAUCUUUCUUGGUUCUAGGAUCUUCCACACCAUUGCUUACCUGGUACCUCUUCCCCAGCCCAGUAGAGGGUUGGCUUGGAUGGCUGGUUACUUGGUCACCUUUUCAAUGAUGUACAAGGUUAUAAUGAUUGCUUUCACUGUGUCUUAGAAAAGAAAGCUAAGUUGUACUUCGGGGAAGUGCCUUAUCCAACCAAUAGAAGAGAAUGUAUUGAGCUCCGGGUUGACCUGUGGAGUCCUUGGUGCUCUCUGGACUUGCUUGUUUGCUUGCAAAUGUUACAUGACCCAACUAGGUAACGCUAUCAGUGCUAGUGAGGGUGGAGUCUGCUCCCCGUGCUGCUUCUGGUGGGAGUGGUUUUCUCCUUGGUGCUUUCUUGAUUCAAGGAAUUAUUCAAGGCCAUGUAAACAUGACAAAUAAAUAAGCCUGCCUGAAUCAAGGAAUUACCAAAGAGAAAAAGGACGGCCCCAGUAGCAGGACAAGCUACUGUAUAUGAAUGGAGCAACCUCCCCACACUCGCUAGCAUUGAUAAUGUUACCUAAUUGGGUAAUGAAACGCCUGCGAACAAUCAAGCUGAACAAGCACCAAGGACUCCACCAUUAAUUCUUCCUCAGAGAAACUCCUUCCUACCUGCCUCCCAACUUUCCAGCGCAUACCUGUGCCUCCUGGGAUGUUGGAUCUCUCCACUGCCUUCUAGACCUGACACUUCUGGAGCUCAUUUUGCCAUUGUGUGCUGAAAUUGAUGUAUGGAGGAUCUUGUUUCCAAGGUCCCUGAUCCUUCCUCUUAACGGAGCAUCACCCAAUGAUAGCGCAAAUGCUUUGUGUCCUAGGCACCACCUCUGUUAGCAUAAAAAGUCACACAUAAGGCAGCAGUUAUAUUCUCUGCCUCCCGUUCCUUCCUCUCACUCUCAAUAUGUCAGAAAUUCAGAGUGAGUGAUUAAAUCUGAGGCCAUUAUAUACACAAAACAUUGGCCCUGCCACUGAGGUGAUUUCUCUCCACGGUGUCGCCUUUUUUCAAAGUCACUGAAGCCGGUGGCCUCUUUAUCCUCUGUCGUUCUCUUGUCUAGCGCUCGUGUUUUCUAUUUUUCAAACAAGAUUGCGAUCCAUGAACGUACAUGGGGGCAGUUUUCUUUGCGAGUGUCAAAUGUGGAAGACUGACAAUAAAACAGUGUUCUCUAACUUGGGCCCAUCAUGAUAUGUUUGGGUCAUUAUCAGUAGUUCUGGCUUGGUAGUAACAAAAGUUGUAGGCCACAUUUAGAGAGCUGGAAGCUGGAGAACACUAUUACAAAAAUGGCUUCCCUCUUUGCCCUUCCAGUUACAUCAGUUUGGCGGCUGUUGACAAACAAACCCCCAAGGGGAGAUUUCUAAUUUGAUCCACCAACUCUUCCUUGGAUUUGCUUGCAAAACUUCCUUGUUUUCCGGAGGAAAUCUCAGGAUGAGCCAGGAAUGGGUAUUGCGAUGUCCAAUUGGCCUUGAGACAGAGUUAAACUGAAGCCACGUCUCUGCGCUCCUUGCUUCUGGCCCCCAGUUUUCAACUCUGUCUGGCCUAAGCGAGGCUGUUGCUUUUGGCUCAUCACAUCCAAAACUCAGUCCAGAUUCAUCCUGCUUCAAAUUCCUCCCUGCCUUCUCUCACCUGCCUCCAUCUGCUUCCCUGAGGUCUCCCCUGUUUGCUUCAGUGUUAUGAGAGAAGGGAAGACGUUCUCCACUUUCUAACACCUGGAAUCUGGCUUACCAUAAGUGAUGGUAGAAUCCCUUUUUCUGGGGUUAUUAAUUUUUCUAGGAUAUUAAUUCUUUCGCUUGUCAUUUUUGAGACACUGGAUUAUCUCUGCGAUAAAAGCAGAGCAUAUGAGAAGCAGAUAUGUUCCAUCUUGAGUGGUUGAGGUACAAUCUUCCAGAUGGCUUUGGAAUAGGACUCCUUUUCUCCCUGGUGAUUAGCUAUGCUAAUUGAUGAGCAUUGGAAGUUCAACAGUAUCCAGAAAGCCAUACAUUUUGGUAGGCCCUAGGAUUGUAGAUCUGAGAAGUUAACAGUGCAUUUGAAACUCACAAAGCAUGUCUUUAGCCCUGUUAACUUCUCAUCUUCAUCCUCAGUUGAGUUCUUGGUUUGAUCCCUAAAAUUAAAGCCCAUGGUUCCGAUUGGUAGUUCCACAACAUCUGGAGAGCCAUAGGUUCCCCACCCCUGUUCUAUGUUUUGAAUGCACAAGGCCAGAGGCUAGAAGCUAUGAACCAAUCCACAGAAUUUCCACCGAGGGAAUGGGCUUUGAAUGUUGCACCACGUUCGACGUAAUAUCAGCAUUCCAAAUACUUUGGUUAAAUUGAAGCUGGUUUGUGUUCCCGUUUCUGUUUUGUUAAGAUUUGAGCCUCGUGAGCAAACUUCCUUUUAUUCUCCCUUUUUCUCCUUCACAUGUUGUCUUAGCUCACGCAAGCUUUAGCGAUUUUUUAAUGUGCAUUCUCUCUUUUGAGAGCAUAUGUGAAUAGUAAUUUUCUACAUAUGCUAUUUUUGGGAUGUAUCUUUUUGAAGCAUAAAUAAUAAAGACAACAGCAGGAAAAAAAAAA